CUACGACGAAGUAGUUUCUGUUAUUAAGUUGUUUACUUUACUUUUAUAACAACUAUUUUGUUAUUCACUGUUCCUAUUUAUUCAAUUCAUACAGUUCACUAAUUGAUCGAAGAAACUUCAUUUUUAUCAACAACUGUAUAAACUUAUUCAGUCAUCAUGUCUCGGUUUAAUUAUGGCAAUAAUCCUCAAUAUCCUCCACCACAAAAUCCAAUUUACCCACAAAUAUAUAACCCUACCAAUGCUCCUGCUCCAGUUCCGGGGCAUCCAGGGAAUCCACACUAUGGAUAUCCAGCACCCGGUCAACCUUAUCCAAAUGAGCGAGGGUUUGCAUAUCCAUAUCAGCCUGUGCCAAUCCAACCCACUAGUGUGCCAGCUGCAAUGUCAUAUCCUAACGUAAUGCCAACUGCACCACAAUAUCCAGGACAACCAAUAGUGACACCAACACAGUCUUAUGUUGGUGGAGGAUCUCCAGUGGAAUGGAUCCCAACUACACCUAGAGAUGCUGCCUCAUUGAGCAAUAAAGCAAUCAUUGGUGGAUAUGAAGGUUAUGACGGCAGCCCUCUGUGGGUGAUUAGAGCGAGAUACGAAGGAGAUUUGAUCCCGGGAAAACUGGCCGUAAAACACCAUGCCGCAUAUGUUCCUUGGGGUGGAAACGAAAAUGCUGUUCAGAAUAUUGAGGUAUGCUGUGCUCCGCCAGAGAGGGUUCGCUGGGUUGAGUGUCGUGACGGUGUUAUUCCGCCAAACGCUGUUGUAGGGGGAAACACUUCAUCUGGUGAACCAUUGUACGUUGGAAGAGCUAAAGAACAGGGUUCAUUGACUCCUGGAAAGGUACAUCCAAGCCACAAGGGAAUGUACAUAUCGUUUGCGGGCAAAGAAAUUGCUCACAAAAUGUAUGAAAUACUUUGUCAUGCUUAGAAUAUUACAAUGAGUUUCAAA